AUGAAGCUGUCUAUUCAGGAGGACCCACUGGCCCAAUGGGCGUUUGAGCUGCCGGCCGGCGUAGUCAAGGCAUUCAAUCAGGCCGGCUACACCGAAUUGGCCCCGCACUUGCACGAAAUCCUCAUCUUCCUCGCGGUGUACUCGGGCAUCUACACUCUGAGCUCGGUUGUGACCCCCGCGGUGUAUCCAGCCUACCGCAAACUGUCGAAACGGAACCAGGUGAACUUCGACAUGCACGUAACGUCGCAAGUCCAGGCCAUUGUGCUGUGUGCGUUUGCUUGGAUAAUAUUUUUCGACCCGGACUUGACCAGCCUGACGUCGCAUACCCCGUUCAGCUCUAUGGCGAUUUCGUCCGCCGUCGGGUACUUUCUGUGGGACCUGUACGUGUCUAUCAAGUAUGUGAACAUGUUUGGCAUGCCGUUUUUGGCGCACGCCGCUGCCGCGUUGUUUACGUUCUUCGAGGCGCUGCGGCCGUUCUUGCACAACUACGCCGCGCCGUUUAUGCUGUAUGAAAUGUCGACACCCUUUGUCAAUAACCACUGGUUUGCUUCUCAUGUUCCGGGGAUGAUCUCUCCGGAGCUGCAAAAGAUCAACGGCCUCUGUCUGCUGGCAAUGUUUUUCAUCUUCCGCAUCGUCCUUGGCUCCUACUUUGGAAUCAAGCUGUUUACCGAAGCGUUUACCAAUCCUCCGGUGGGAGUGCCCAGUUGGUCUCUAUACGCGGUUCUGACGACGUACUCCCUGCUAUCUGCUUUGAACUUUUUCUGGUUCUCAAAGAUGAUCAGGCUAGCGGCAAAGGCCAUGAGACAGUCUAAACGUAAAUCAGAUUAA